AUGUGCCCACCAUCCGACCUAACCAUUGCCGACAUAUCAAAAGCUGCAUAUGCACAUGCAGCUGGUCUGCUACACCCAGCAAUUCUCGACCAUAGUAUCAGAGUCUAUCUCUAUGCUAACGCAUUGGCCAAACACACAUUGUCAAAGUAUUUCACGAACGCCCAUUGCCGCGAUCUGCUCUUGAUGGCAUGCCUUUUUCACGAUAUUGGCACCACGCAAAAGUAUGAUGGUUCGCAGCGCUUCGAGGUCGAGGGUGCCGAUGCAGCAGUCGUGUUUCUGUCCACGCAUGGCGUCGACGGAGCGGAUGCGCAUGAUGUCUGGACAGCAAUCGCGUGCCAUACCAGCCCAGGAAUUGCUGAGAGGAUCGGCGAGCUCUCGAGACUUGUUCGCAUCGCCGUCGUAACAGAUUUUGGGAGGAAGAGCACGGAUUGGGAAAUGCUUCAGCCACUGAGAGAGCAGUUGGAAGUGCGGUACGAGCGCGCGGGAAUCGAAAAGGUACUGGGCGAUGCAGUAGUGGAGCAGGCGAAGCGUAAGCCAGAGAAGGCGCCAAAGGUUUCGUGGCCGCAUGCAAUGUACGCGGCAGCGCUCGCGGAACCAGAAUGGGAUGGUGUCAACAAGGCGUUUUGA